AUGCACCUCGAUGACCCUGACUUGCUCCACAACAUCAACCGUGUGAUUCGCGAAAUGGGAUUAGUCGGUAAAGCGGUUACAUUUCGGAUGGACCAAGAAGCGGCUCUUGGAGCCCUUGCCGAGAAACUCACCAAGUGCGAUAGCAGCCCUGCCAGCGCAACAUUGAUUGACGUGGUUCCGGGGUAUCGGCCCCAGUCGAAAGGAUCGAUUGAGCGGCAGGUUGAAACUAUGAAGCAGGGUUUCUGGUCUGUUUGGUUGGACCUGGAGAAAGAGGUUGCUAAGGUGAAGCAGGAAACGGAAGCCGUUGAGCUUGGGAAGUAUCAGUUACCUUUGGGAGGUUUGCUUUGGCAAGCCUGUGUUUUCUAUGUUGCUAGGUGCUAUAACCUCUGGUGUACCAGCGUCGGGGAUUCGAGCACUAGCAUAGAUCGACUGCAUGAGGAGAUUGUGAACCGAACUCGGACGAGACCGUUCGGGUGUCUGGUUCAAGCUCAGGUCAGUAAGUCCAAGGCGCACCAUGAUAAGUUCAGGGGCGCCCGGACCGUGAAAGCGGUUUAUCUGGGACCGGUGCACGCCAAAGGUGGCGGCAUCUUUGCCGUCCCUAUCGGAAGCAGGGAAAUAGAUAUAUUCCCCGUCGCCAGAAUGAUUCAGGGAGGUGACAUCUACGAUGCCAAGACCCUGGAAGAGCUAUCUUUAGCUAAGCCUCUUCUGCAGGACACUGAGGACCCCGAGAGGCCCAUACUGUUUGAUCCUUUGGAGGCUCCUGGUGAUGAUGCUCCCGAUGAGGGGGCUGGUGCGGGAAUGGAUGAAGAUGGUGAUGAAGAGAUGAUUGAAGAUGAGCUUGCUGACUAUUCUCCGUCGGAAGCGCCUGAGAACCAGGAGGUUGUGAACGAUGAGGGGGAUAUGGAAAUAGACUGGCUCACGAAUCACUAUCUUGAGUCCCUGUUUCGAGGGCCUGACCUGCGAGCCACCUCCGCUGCAGUUGCAAAGUCGUUUGAUUUGAAGUUUGGGGGUACGAAGAUAAGGUGUGCUGUUCCCCAGAACGCUGUGUCUGAGACUUCGGGAGAGAAGCUAGAACCCGACCUCCUUUACACAUCAAUGAAGCUUGAGUUGGAAGAGUUGGAGUCCUUCAAGGUUGGGGAAGUGAUCCCUGAGCGCGAAGCUCGCCGUCUUGCUAAGGAAAACGGCAGGCGAGUUUUGACUAGCAGGUGGGUCAACACGGUCAAGAAGAAGGGACUGUAUAGAUCUAGGCUAGUCGUGCGGGAUUAUGCCUCUAUGGGAGGCACCACCUUGAGUGAGGGAAUUUACUCUCCUACUACUUCAUUGGAGGGUCUGAGAUUGCUUCUGUCAAUGCUCUGCCGACGUGGCAGUGUGUUGUCCUGCGAUGUCUCGGUAGCGUUCAUGCAUGCUCCCGUAGCGAGGGCAGAAUUCGUAGAGUUGCCGAAUAAUGUGAGCACCCAGGGGACUGGGGAACGAGUUUUCGUCAAAUUGCGUAAAGCGAUGAACGGAUUGCGGUCUGCUCCAUUAUCUUGGUAUUGCGAGUUGGCUGAAUACUUGCGCUCUCAGAACUUCGAAGCAAGUUUGGACCCCACUAUAUUCCGUCGUCUUACGAGGAAGGGUUUGACGAUUGUGUUGUUUUAUGUGGAUGACUUGCUGAUCUAUAGUGAAGAUGAAGCUGAAGGGCGCCGGUUCUACGAGGAGUUGCGUAAAAGAUACAAACUGAAACUUACGGGCGAGUUGAUUCAAGAUUGCCCCGGGGAAGUCUCGUUUCUCGGUCGGCGGAUCUUUCGCCGUAAGAAAGGGGAACGUACGGUGUAUUUCGGGCUAGACGAACAGUACCUGAGUUCCUGUUGCGAGGAGUACGGAAUCACCAAACCUGCACCAAAGCUCCCUUCCCUUGAACGCCGCUAUGCUGAGUUGCUGAAGAAAGGCCAGACUGAGCUGAUCAGUCCAGCUGCUCACGAAAGGUACAGAAGGACUCUGGGCCGUUUGGCCUGGGCGGCUCUGUCACGACCAGACCUGCAGUUUGUGUGUGGGUUUCUGGGCCGCCACCAAGCAGCUCCUGACGAAGCUGCCGAGACCUGUAUGAGGGAUGUCCUUCGUUGGGUCAAGGGUCUUCCGCACAAGGUCCAGAGGUUUCCGAGCAAAAGGGAGAUCUUGGAAGAUGAUGCGGACCCUGCCUCUGUAUCUUGUUUUACGGACGCGAGCUGGAGUCUGAAUUCGGUAAGCGGCGGGAUCAUUACGUGGGAGAACUGUUCCCUGAAAAGCUUCAGCAGGAAACAAACGACUACCGCACUCUCCAGUGCGGAAGCAGAACUCGCUGCACUCACAGAGGUUGCUCGUGAAGGGUUGUACAUUGCUUUGCUUGCGGAGACCAUCCGCGAGGGUAUGCCGAAAGACAGGGAAACCGGUUAUUAUGUUCUUAAGGGAUAUUCUGAUUCCGAAUCGGCGGUUUGUAUAUCAAAGAUGCAGACCCUCCUGAGGAAAGUGAGGCACAUCGAACUGCGUGCCGCAUUCCUUCAGGAGCUGGUGGCCAGGGGUCGUUUUACUAUAGAACACAUACCGGGAGUGAUAAACCCUGCGGACGCCCUCACGAAGAGUCCCACCAACGAAAGUUUGGCUAGUUUGUACGAUGCCUCUGGCCUUGUGGAUGAACCGAAGGCCUGGGAGAGUGAGCCUACUGAGGUGCACGUGUCUUUUGAAGAGCCCAAUGAAAACGAACGUUUUACUCCGUCUGUUCCGCCUUCCUGGAAAGCUGUCAUUGCCGGUGCGGAAGGAGCCCUGCUUGAGGUUGUGGAGGCGAUGGAGCAGCAUGGUUGCAUGCAGGAGGGCACUUUCGUUUGGAGGGCUGCUGAGCUAGCAGUGGAGACCCACGAAGAUGUGCCUAGGCAUGUGGCUUGUUGGGCAAUUGAGGAUGCGCUUGCAAAUUUGACCUGUCCCAAAGUGCGGCCUGACGUGCAUGUGAUCAGUGCUAACAUCACUGCCUGGAGAAAGGACUUGUGCUCUUGGAUUGCUCAACACAAGGCGGCCGUUCUGCUGCUGCAGGAAACACAUCUUUCGCCAGACCAGCCUGACUUGAUUGAGGCUCAGCUUGGGUUUCAUGGUUAUAAUGUUUUUAGCGUCCCGGCCCAUCCCACCGGCAAAGGUGGCACAUCAGGUGGUCUAGCCAUCUGUUUUCGCAAGCACUUGAACAUGAGGCGUGUGCAUCACUUUGUCCGGGCGGGGGUUGGUUUUCAGGUGGCGGCCCUCAGGUUGAAAGAUGCCGAUUGCUAUUUUGUGAAUGUUUACCUGAAGGCCGGUGAAGGUUUCCAGGGCAGCCACAAUGCGCCAAUCAUUGCACAUUUGAUCCCUUUCCUUCGUUCGGUCCGUGGCUUCUUUUUUGUGGCUGGUGAUUUCAACGAAGAUUUUGAGGUCAUUGCUGCCACCAGUCUUGAGCAGGAGGCCAAAGGCCGGUGGAUCAGUUCUGGUGAGUCCACAUGUGCUGGGGGUGGCAAUAUCGACUAUGGCUUGAUGUCGCCCUCGCUGGCCUCGGCCGUUUCGCUUUCGAUUGAUUGGGUCACUCCUUUUGCUCCCCAUGCAGCCCUGCACUGGUCUCUGCAGGUUCAGCAUCUGGAUGUUAAGCUACCCCAGCUUGUCAGCCCCUUUGCAAAGAGGGCUGUGCAUUGUUUUGCGGAUCACUGGCAUGGCAGUGAGGCCACGUCCAAGGGCAUGCGUCCCUUGUUCAAAAGUGUGCGGGCAGAGGAGGUCAUCACCAUUCGGCCGUUUCUUGAAGCGCCCGUCCAGGAGCGCAUUUAUUUGCGGUGGCGCCAAUGGUUUGACUUGUGGUCGCACCCGGCUGGGGUGGACCAGGACCUUCUUGCGACGCUCAGGGUAGCAGCUGUGGAGCAGGCCCAUAACAUUGCGCCAAUUCCUCUUGACAAGGCUGUUGCCUUCUUUAAGAAAUUGCCCUCCAAGGCGCCGGGCUUGGACGGGUGGACGUGUGAGGUCCUCCGUAAUCUCAGCGCCGAGGCAGUUCAGGCCAUUCUUGACUUUUUGCACCAUUGCGAGAAACGGGCCGCGUGGCCGGAUCAGCUGAUUUUCGCGCUUAUAGCGCUUUUACCCAAAUCUGAAAAACGGGAACGUCCCAUUGCCCUUCUCCAUGUCUUGUAUCGGGCUUGGGCAAAAUUGAGGUGGCCGCUGGUGUCUGCAUGGCAAUCUGCGUAUGCCCGGCGGGCUCACUGGGACAAGGCACUGCCUGGUGGCCAGGUUUUGGAUGUGGCCUUGGCCAGGCUGAUGUUGGGCGAAACAACCCGUCGGUGCAGGCAUCACCUGAUAACACUGUUUCUUGAUAUGGAAACCUUUUAUGACCGAUGCUUGUUUAAUGAUGUCAUUAGUUCGGGUCUUACCCUUGCUUACCCGCCCUUGAUUUUGCACCAGGCCAUGCUCACUUACAUGGGUCCCAGGUUUGUGCAGUCCGAAGGCGCCCUCUGCCCGCCUAUAUGGCCGGGCAGGGGAGUCCUGGCAGGAUGUCCUGCGGCACCUUCGGUGUCCAAACUUGUUACACACCCGGUUGCCGCCAAACUCGCCUCUAAGAAGAGUGCCUCCAACUUAGACAUUUGGAUAGAUGAUCUGUCCUUGGAUACGGUUCAUAAAUCACCGCUUCAGGUUGCUAGUGAUAGCCUCAAGCUUUUUCGAGGACUGAGACAGGACUUGGAGUCCAAAGGGGCCCAGGUUUCGCUUUCCAAAACUUGCUUUGUGACUUCGUCCACUGAGGCUGCCAAAGCUCUUGGCAAAAUUCUUGAUGCCUCGGAUCCGCAGGUUAAGCCGAUGAACCGUGAUCUCGGGAUCACCUCGGCGGGUGGACGCAGGCGGGUGCUGGGCUUGGCAGAGAGCCGCAGGAAAAAGGCGGCAGGGCGAUCGCGCAAGCUCAACAAGCUUGCUGUGCCGGGGCGAGCACACCGUUUACGGAUCGUUCGCGCAUCCCUGUGCUCGGCAGGCCUGUGGGGCCAUCAGGCUCAGGGGGAUAAGUUUCGGUCGACUUGGGCCGACAUUUGGUUAUGGCUCAUGGCUUCCAAGCAUCCUUGGAAAAAGGUCAAUGGGCCCUUGGCGGCUCUCAUGGCCUACCUGCACGAGUUGGGUGUGCAGGCUCCUCAGGCUCACCGUUGGAGCAGAGAUGGCAGCAUCUUGACCAUUGAUUGGUCUAGUCCCGAUGCCACUCGCCGUGUGUGGCACUGGCUCCUACCAGUUUGGGAAGAUGUUCGCUUGCAGCGAGUCUCCUUGAAUGAUGGGUGCCAAAAUUUGAGAGGUGGCCUGGAUGCCACUGUUCCUGAAAGACUGCAGAAAAGGAAGUUUUUCAACAAAAACAUGGCUGUGAAUCUUCAGGCUCUUUGGCAGGGUGUCAUUGUCCGCUUGAUUUGCAACAUGUUUUGUGGGAUUGCCCUUUCAUUGCCCAGCCUUUCCCUGCGCCUCAGCACUUUCGUGCGGCCCGCCAGCAGUUUCCGUGGCCUAGCCUUUGGCUCCGAGGUUUGGUUCCGCAAGAGGCCACGGCGUUACUGA